CUCCCAAAUCUCGGUAUUCCUAAUGGUUCUGAAAAGAAAAUCUGUUUUCGAUCCACCUGUGGAGGACGACGGCAGAAAGACCAAGACUCGUGCUGCCCCGAAGGCCCCGUUACAGGAAGCUGAUCAAUCUUCAUUGGCCUGUCGCAUCGGGAGAGAUGCUCAAGAGGCGCCUUCUAAUGGCGAACGCUCAUUGACGCAGGAUCGGCGUUCUCGCCUAUGCCUUCUAAAAACCUUGACUCAUGAGCUUGUCGACUCUGUUGAUCUUCUAAGGGAUCAUGCUGGGCAUGAUGUUACGAAUGCUAUUAUCGAGUUGGACAGGGCUUUCCGCCGUGCAAAGACUGCUCUGUCGCCCAUCAGCCGUCCAGACAAUAAAUCAGUCGAAAUCGCCCGUACGCAAGAAAAUGGGAAUUCCUUCAGCAUACCUGAAUUACCUCCUAUUCUGGACAGUUCACUGGAAUUGGCGGUCUUUACACAUCCCGGCUUGAGCAAGGAUUCGAAGUCGACUUACGAUCGCCUUGAGAUACUCGGAGAUGCCUAUAUAGAGCUGAUCGCUACGAGGCUCAUUUGGAGCAGGUUUGAUGAUCUUUCUUCUGGUCAGAUUUCGCAAAUAAGGGAGCUACUGGUCAAGAAUGAGACUUUGUCGGAGUUUGCGACAUUAUACGGGCUCGACGGCAGGGCGUCAGUACCACAGGACUUGCUUAGCCAGCCCAGGCGAUGGACCAAGACUAAGGGUGACAUUUUCGAGUCUUAUGUGGCUGCGAUUAUUCUGUCUCGUCCGACUGAUGGUUAUCAUGUUGCUGAACGAUGGUUGACACAGCUAUGGCUCCCAAGGCUCUCGGAUACUGUGAUACCGCGGACUGCUUUGGAUGCAAAGGAGACCCUUGCAAAGAGAAUUAUGGGUAAAGGAGUUAAGCUCAAAUAUGUUGAUGAGCGUUCACCUGUACAGUCAAGAGGUGGGAUGCAGACUUUCUAUGUGGGUGUUUACCUUACUGGUUGGGGUUGGCAAAAUAAGCAUUUAGGCUCUGGUCAUGGACCUAGUAAAGCAGUUGCAGGGGAUGCAGCUGCACGGCAAGCCCUAUUGAAUGAGCCUCUUAUAAGUAGUAUUUCUGAGGUAAAGAAAACUCAUGAAUUAACAAAAAUAUAA